AUGUAUUUAACAAUUCUUUUUUUACCACUUUUAGGUUUUCUUCUUGCUGCUUCGGGUGGUCGUUUUUUUGGUUGGAGAGGUACACCACUUAUUACCACUUUUUGUGUUUUUCUGUCUUCUCUUUUUUCUUUUAUCGCUUUUUAUGAGGUUGGUAUUGCUGGAAGUCCUUGUUAUAUUCAAUUAGCACCCUGGUUUACCUCCGAGUUUUUUGAUGCCACUUGGGGUUUUAUGUUUGAUAGUUUAACUGUCGUCAUGCUGGUCGUGGUAACUUUUGUGAGUACUUUAGUGCAUAUUUAUUCUAUUUCUUACAUGAGUGAAGAUCCACAUUUGCCCAGAUUCAUGUCUUAUUUGUCAAUUUUUACUUUUUUUAUGUUAAUGCUGGUUACAGCUGAUAAUUUUAUCCAGUUAUUUUUCGGUUGGGAGGGUGUAGGUCUGGCCUCUUACCUUUUAAUUAAUUUUUGGUAUACCAGAUUGCAAGCGAACAAAUCCGCAAUUAAAGCAAUGUUGGUCAAUCGCGUGGGAGAUUUUGGUUUAGCUUUAGGUAUUAUUGCGACCUUUUCUUUAUUUAAAUCCGUUGAUUUUGCAACAGUUUUUGCGUGUUCGGCACAUUUUGCAGAAAACUCUUUCAUUUUUUUCCAUUUGGAAUGGCACGCUUUAAGUUUAAUUUGUGCUCUCCUCUUUGUUGGGGCGGUAGGGAAAUCUGCUCAGUUGGGUUUACAUACUUGGUUGCCCGAUGCCAUGGAAGGGCCUACCCCAGUCUCUGCUUUGAUUCAUGCUGCAACCAUGGUAACGGCUGGUGUUUUUAUGAUUGCCCGAUGCUCCCCUCUUUUUGAGCAAGCACCGCAAACUUUAAUUUUGGUGACCGUCACUGGCGCAUUAACUGCAUUUUUUGCGGCAACUACCGGUGUGGUGCAAAACGAUUUAAAACGUGUUAUCGCAUAUUCAACUUGUAGUCAAUUAGGGUAUAUGGUAUUUGCUUGUGGAAUUUCUCAAUACGCCGUUGGUGUUUUUCAUUUAAUGAAUCAUGCUUUUUUUAAAGCACUUCUUUUUCUAAGUGCCGGAGCAGUCAUUCACGCCCUGGCGGACGAGCAAGAUAUGCGUAAAAUGGGAGGAACUAUUAAAGUAUUACCUUUUACAUACUCAAUGAUGUUUAUUGGUUCGUUAGCCUUAAUCGGGUUUCCUUUUUUAACUGGUUUUUAUUCGAAAGAUGUUAUUUUAGAAGUGGCUUAUGCUAAAUAUACCGUAGCAGGUACUUUUACUUACUGGCUUGGUGCUGUUUCUGCACUUUUUACUUCUUAUUAUUCUUUCCGUUUACUUUUUUUGACUUUUAUUGGGCCAGUAAAUUCUCUUAAAGAUUCUCUUAAACAUGUUCAUGAUGCACCUUUUUUAAUGGGGUUUCCACUUUUUUUACUCGCUUUUGGGAGUAUUUUUGUUGGAUAUUUAGCGAAAGACAUGAUGAUUGGUAUGGGAACGCAAUUUUGGGGGAAUGCUUUAUUUAUGGGUCCUGAUCAUGGGCUUUUGGUUGAAUCUGAGUAUAUCCCUCAAGCCAUCAAAUACAUCCCUAUUCUAUUUAGCUUUUUAGGUUUCCUCUUUGCUUUAAAUUUAAACUUACUCGGCGCGAGUUUUUCUUAUUCUUUGAAAACGAGCACUUUUGGGCGUACAUUGUAUAUUUUUUUAAACAAGCGUUGGCUUUUUGAUAAAAUGUAUACAGAUUUUGUGGCUCUUCCAGCUCUUUUUUUUGGAUAUAAUGUGUCUUUUAAAACUCUGGAUAAAGGACUUCUCGAAAUUGUUGGUCCGGCAGGAGUCAUCCAAACUGUUAGUCAAGGGGGUCGUCAAUUACGGAAAAUGCAAAGUGGGCUUAUUUACCAUUAUGCGUUUAUUAUGCUUUGCAGUUUAACAUUUCUCAUUGCUUUUGUGGGUCUUUGGGAUUUUUUUUCUUUCUUUGUAGAAACGCAUCUUUAUUUUAUUGCAGCGACGACCUUGGUUUUUUCUGCUGAUUCAUAA